AUGUACCUCCUCCGAAACCUAGCUGUUGUGUCCGCGAUUGUCCCUGCUAUGUGGUCUUCGGCUAUGGCUGUGCCUAAGAUUGCCGAGCUUGGAACACGUGGUGAGGCAGGAAUCAACCCCGACUACAUUUACACGGGAGUUGAUGCCAUCGCCGGUGCCAAGGACAAGGAACGCCGCGACCCAAUCGAAGUCAACCCCGACUAUAUUUACACCGGAGUUGAUGCCAUUGCUGGCGCCAAGGAUAAAAAACGCCGUGACCCAAUCGAGGUCAACCCGGACUACAUCUACACUGGGGUUGAUGCUAUCGCCGGUGCCAAGGAUAAGAAACGCCGCGAUGCCCAUGUCGACGCUAUUGCGGGCACUGAAGCUUGA